CACUGGAGCGCUCUCUCACAGUCACCGCACUGCUCAGGUCAGAACACACACAGGCGAGGCAGCAGAGAGGAGAGCAAAGAGCUUCUGUGCCCAGCGAGAAGACAGAGGAAACCGGGAGGAGAACGAGUUGUGGUUUGGGAGGGAGGCGGGUGACAAUGGCUCUGCUCCCGCUCUUCCUCUCGCUCCUCCUCGUGUCCUGCGCGGCGCAGUCGCCGGCCUCGUCGCCGUCCGCGUCGAACGCUCCUCCGGUCAGCGCCUCGUCGCCGCCCGCGUUGAAGGCGCCUCCGGUCGGCGGCUCGGUGCCGAAGGUCGUGCCACCGAAAACGGCAGCCCCGGCGCCGAAGGCCUCCUCUGCCGCGGCACCGACAACGGCAGCCUCGGCGCCGCAGGCCUCUGCGGCGCCACCGACAACGGCUGCCUCAGCGCCGCAGGCCACUGCACAGCCACCAACAACAGUAUCCGCAUCGGCGCCGCAGGCCUCUGCGCAGCCGCCGACAACAGUGUCCGCGUCGGCGCCGCAGGCCUCUGCCGCGCCGCCAACCACAGCGGCCUCCGCGCCGCAGGUCUCUGCCACGGCGCCAACCACAGCAGCCUCCCCGCCGCAGGUCUCUGCCUCACCGCCGACCACCGCUGCCUCGCCGCCACAGGUCUCUGCCGCACCCCCUACCACCGCCACCUCUCCGCCACUAUCCUCCGCCGCACCGCCGACCACGGCCGCUGCCCCGCAGCUGGCUGCCACGUCACCGCCCGUUGCCUCUCCGCCAGUAGCGGCCGCUCCUCCCGUCUCCGCAACACCUCCAGCCACGUCACCUCCGCUGGCAUCGCCACCUGCGGCCACACCGCCUACCGUGGCCGCGCCAGCCCCGACGACGCCGGCUCCAGUGGCCUCCCCACCCAUGGCAAUGCCACCGGCGGCGCUUCCUCCGUCCACCCUCCCUCCAGCAACGGCUCCGACGCCGCUUCUCGCUGCUCCGAUCAUGGCGCCCGUCGCCACGCCCGUCACGGCUCCCGCUCCAGCCCCCGUGUCCCCGGCUCCGAGCGUCGCCCCAACGCCGUCGCCGACAGAGGCCCCGACCCCGUCGCCCAUGCUGGCGCCGGAGCUGGCGCCCACGCUAGCGCCUUCGUUGGCGCCGUUCAGCUCGGUGUCGGUGAGCCCGUCACUGUCGCCGGGGCCCGCUCUCGCCCAGGCAGACGAGUCGGCGGCGCCGAGCGCGCGCGCCGGCGUCGCCGCGCUGGUGGCCCUGGCGGCCGCCGGGCUCGUGGUCUUGUUCUAAGUAGAGCUGCUUUUACCGUUACCUCCGUACCGUUGGUCACACGAUCACCUUAGUCCAGUCUUAUUGGAAGUUUCAUAAAGAGUUUCACGGGCAUUAAAUUCUAUACCACAUCAGCAAUUUUGCUGACGUGGUAAGAUCAUUGGGAUGAGAGAGGAGGGAGAGUUUUCAUCAGAUGCGAGAGGAGUUUCAUCCCCAUGACACUCAGUUGGCUCGGUUACCUAGUUUGCAGUCUUGGUAACUGUGCAUGAAACUAUGCACUGAGACUGGCCUUAUUAUUUUAUGGUUGCAUGUAUAAUUCUUGCUGUACAACACAUUGAUAAUUUAUUUCUACUUUGCGUAUGGAC